AUGUAUGUGCGCAACUUUGGAAGCUUCAUAACAAUAAACACUAUCCUGAACUCAAUUCCUAUUCUCAAUCCGAACGUGUUCAAGGAAGCUGCUGCCUCAGAUGACCGUCGUGCUUCCGGCCAGGCGGGGCGCCUUGAGGGUAUCCCCUUUACCGUCAAGGACAGCUUCAAAGUCAAGGGCAUGACUGUCUCCUGCGGAUCGCCGGCUUUCAAAAAUCUCAUUUCCAGCGAAGAUGCCUUCACCGUCAGCAGCAUUCGUGCAGCCGGCGGAGUUUUGAUUGGAAAGACAAACAUGCCGUCCAUGGCAUACGGGGGAAUGCAACGCGGCAUCUACGGCAGGGCAGAGAGCCCAUCCAGAGUUCCUGGCGGCUGCCUUUACUUCCGGCUCGUCGAACGGGUCUGGUGUUUCAACGUCGGCUUCUUUCGCGGCUUUUAGGAUGGGUGAGGAGACCGUAUCCUCAGGGCGUUCUCCAGCCUCCAACAACGCGCUGGUUGCGUACACACCGUCCAGGGGCUGGAUCUCCAUCCGGGGAAAUUGGCCCCUGUACCCAACUUGUGAUGUUUCGGUCCCACAUACUCGGACAAUGAGUGAUAUGCUCACACUUCUUGAGGUAAUGUCUGCCAAAGAUCCAGUUGCCGAAGGAGGCUAUUGGAGAAGCCAGCCAUAUGUGUCGAUUCUAGAGCCAUGGGGAGGAAAACCUGCCACCAAUCUCUUUCAAAACGUCUCCAAGUCGGUAUCACUUAAGGGUCCGCGUAUAGCAGUUCCAGAAAUGUACAUCGGCGGCAAGAGCCCUGAGGGGGCAACCCCAGUCACUACUAGUGAGGGCGUGAUCACGGUAUAGGGCAAGGCUAGAAAGAGGCUUGAGUCUCUUGGAGCAGAAAUUUUACUGGUGCCCGACUGUCCUGCUGUCACAGCCUACGAGAAUCCUGAGUUGCUACAAGGCGUCACAGGACUGCCUGAGAAACGGCAAUGGACUGAAAAGGGGCCGCUUAUUGCACAUGGCUGGGACCUCUUUCUCCGCUCAAAUGGAGAUCUAAACACUCCAAACUUAGCCAGCGUCGAUGAAAGCAACAUUUAUACUGAUUCACUGCGAACACCAGCCGAGCUUGAGAAUCAGCCAACGCAAAAUGUCAUUCAUUGGGGCAAGCUUGUCGGGUAUGUGAGAGAGGGCACCGGUUCAAUGUUCGAUAUCAAGAAUCUAGAUGCUGCCUCUAUAGCACUCGACUUGAUGCGCAAACAGCUCUCGGAUGAUUAUCUCGAACGCUACAGGUGUGACUGUUUCGUUUUCCCGGCAGCUGGAGACGUUGGGUCCGCUGAUGCCGACGUUGACUUAGCUCAUGCUGCCCACGCCUGGGCUAAUGGUGUUUUCUGCAGCACCGGGAACAGGGCCCUACGCCAUCCGGGCAACCCGAUAGUGACCGUCCCAACGGGUAUGAUACCAGGCAAGGACAUGUCCAUUGGUUUGACAUUUACCGGUCGCGGAUUUGAUGACGAACAUCUGUUGAAGUGGGCAAAUGCAUUUGAGGCGCAGACGAAACUAAGAAGCCCUACACCGCACACUCCGGCGCUGCCGUCGGAUCUCAUCCAAUUGUCGUCUAAAAGCCUUUCAUCCAAGACUAGGCCACACCUCCUCGUUACGAAGUGUACUUCCAAACGGUCCACGGAAACGGCAGUAUUACGAGUUGAGUUUGAGGGAACAGUUGAUGUUGAUUCGACUGGCAGCAAGCGCCCACCCGCAAUACAGGUCGCGGUAGACGGCCAAGACGUACCUGAUGAACAAAUUACUAUUGAUCGUGUGGCCAAUGAAUCGGGAGAGGGCCAUAGCUUGUAUGUUUUCCGAGGAUGGGAAUAUACACCUGGGCCACCAGAAAGGCGUGAGAAAGAUGCCGCAAGGGAGCAAGUAUGUGGUGACCAAAUCAUGGUCGUAUUCUUGACUAGAUCUUCCCCAAGUGGCCUACCCGCGGGAUUCUUAAGUUUGAUGUAG